GCCUGGCAGAUCUCAAGCAGAACGCGUGUUUGUGAGGGUGUACGAUCUUGGGAAUACAUUCCUCACACGAUGGCCUAAUGCGGUGGCGAAGGGUUAUGGGGCAUUCCAUUCCGGAGUCGAAGUCUACGGCAUGGAGUGGUCCUUUGGAAUGACCGUUGACAAUUGGUCCACGGGGGUGGCCGCCAAUUUGCCUGGCCAUCAUCCAGAUCAUUGUUUUCGAGAAACGUUGUCCAUGGGUUGCACCACGUUGUCGAAGGGCCAGGUCACAGAACUCAUUCGAGAAAUGACAAUUGAGUGGAAAGGUCGAACCUACGAUGUACUGUCCCGGAAUUGCCACCAUUUCUCCGAUGAGUUUUGCCGUCGGUUGGGAGUGGCACCGCUACCUGACUGGGUGAACAAACUUGCAGGGACAACAGCCUCUGCAGCCGGAGUGAUUGAGGGUGUCUCGCAAAGUACCGGGAAGAUGGCCUCAGACGUGGCGUGGCUUUUCACCUCAGCUGCUGGCGGCAUCUACAGUGCAGCCCCCAGUUGA